CUUUGGCAAUAAUGAAAUCUAGCACAUGGUGAUUGUAUCUGUUUGUGAAACAACAAAGCAGCUACGCUCAAUUGUGAAUCAGAGAACUGCUAGGAGAAACCUAGAACGCUUGAUUCAAAGUCAGGAAUGCUGUAAAUGGGUUCAAGAAAUGCGUACUUUGGGCAUUCAAGACGACUGCCUACUGACUCGGAAACAUCCGAUUGUAAUAUCCCAUCUUUGCUGUCUGUCGAUGAACCAAGAUAUUCAGAAUAUCGUGUCUUCUUCCACCGACCAGUCACCUGGACCAUUACAACUUGAAUCCCAUUUUCUCUCUCCCAUUACAGUAACUCCCAUUACAUCAGCAAAUACAUCAAGAACUCAACUUCGGCAAGUUUCGAACAAUUGCGCCCAAUACCACGCAUAAGCUCUGGAAGCGACCAUGUCCAAAAAAAAAAAACAAUAUGCAGAAGUGCUAGCUUUGCUGGAGUUUAAAAGCCGAAAACAAUCACAAACAGAAAUCUGAAUAUAAAAAGGGAAAGCCAGUUCAAAUCUUCUCGGAAAUGAAUAAAGAAACGAAUCAUCAAAGGGAGUACAGAAAAAAUACAUCAGCCUCGUUCAAUGAUGCUGAUUAGUAUUCCGUCUGUCGCAGCUACUACGAUGCUAAACGUGGCGAGUCCUGCGAAUGUACAGAAUACGUAAGGUGCAGAAGGUGGAUGCAUGACACCUACACUAAAUCCUCAACCUUCUUCCUCAAUUGCGACGAGAUUGAACCUGGUGAUGACAGCACAACAAAUACAAGGAAUCCAGAUGU